CCGAGAGUCCGAUGCUUGAUAACGCUUGCCAUGUACGCAAUGGCGAUACAUACGGACAUUAUUGAGCAAGAGGAGAACUUGGUGCAUAUAAGGAUCAGUCCUGCUCCGAGUAAGGGAAGUCAGAAAACAUAAGCCAUCUCAAGUUCCUACAAGCACUUUCCAAUCGACACAACCUUACUUCAACAUCAGCACAAUUAACAACACCGCCGAAACUCAUAUACCCAGACCUUUCAAAGGAACUACCGACCAAAAAUGGCUGCCCGCGCCAUCCUCAUCACCGGCGCAACCGGCAAGCAAGGCUCCUCCGUGGUAAACGCCCUCCUCCGCUCAAACGCCGACUUCGAGAUCCUCGCCCUCACGCGCAACGCCUCCUCUCCCUCGGCCCAAUCCCUCGCCCGCAAGUCUCCACUCAUCAAGCUCGUCACCGGCAACCUCGAUGACCCCUCCUCUAUAUUCGCCUCCGCCCGCUCCGUCACCAAGACCCCCAUUUGGGGAGUUUUCUCUGUGCAGACGCCCUUCGGCGGGAAAGCCUCCACCAAGACCGAAGAGCGCCAGGGCAAGGCGCUCGUCGACGCGAGCUUAGAGAACGGCGUGAGCCACUUUGUGUACUCGAGCGUUGACCGCGGUGGUGAUGCAAAGUCGGCCAAGGACCCGACUAACGUCCCGCAUUUCAUCAGCAAGCACAACGUCGAGCAGCACCUUUUCGCUAAGGCGAAGGGUAGCGAUAUGACGUGGACCGUGCUGCGGCCUGUGGCGUUUAUGGAGAACCUGGUGCCGGGGUUCUUGGGCAAGGUGUUCAACACGGACUGGAAGAUGGUGCUCAGGCCGGAGCAGAAGCUGCAGCUUAUCGCUACUUCCGACAUCGGCUUUUUCGCCGCACAAUCCUUCCUCCAACCCUCCUCGCGCCUCUACGCUAACUCGACCCUCUCGCUCGCAGGCGACGAGCUGACCUACGCCGAGUACGCCAAAAUCUUCCAGGAACGGACUGGCGAGAAGCUACCUACGACCUUCCGCCUUAUCGUCAAGCUCAUCAACUUCAUGGUCAAAGAGAUGGGUAACAUGUUUGUGUGGUUCAGAGAGACGGGGUACGGUGCGGAUCUCGAGGAGCUGAAGAGGUUGCAUCCUCAGAUCAAGGGAUUCGGGGAGUGGCUGGAGAAGGAGAGCGCGUGGAAGAAGGGUGGCGAGAAGGCGUAGUGGUGGUUUCUUCUUUGCUGGC